CUUAAGAUAAUCAAAAGAAAAAGAUAAGCUCUCUCUCAUCAAUUAAUCCCACCACCCACUCGCCCUGCAUUGUGUAAUUUGUGUUUUGCUAUCUCUUCUUCUCCCUUUUAUCUUCUUCUUCCAUUCCCCGUAACGAAGGAUCUUAAAUCUUAUUAGUCACCGUGCUAGUUUGUUAACAAAAGCAACAGACUCUAGUACGAUUCUCCAUUCCAUUUCACUGCACUCUCUGUCUGCUGAGAAGAAAAGAAGCCAAAUACAAAAAAGGGAAGAAUGAAGGUGAAGGAAAUCAUGAGCAGGCAUGGCCUUCCUUCAGAUUCAAACCCGUUUCCCUUUUACAAAAACAGUCAUUUCCUCGUCAAGUUCGCCGCCUCUUUCCUCUUAUUUGGCAUUGCUUGCCGCCUCUUGUUCUCUGAUUCUGUCAUGUUCUCCUCCUCCCCUGUUCUCACACAGCCCCUGCCAUCUUCGCAACCCUCCUCCAUCGCGCUCAUUCCCACUGAAGAAGAACCAGAACCAGAGCAACAACAAGACUCUGCCGAUCCCAUGGAUUUGUCCGUAACUCAAAUGUCCCACUCUUCCCCCGAAGAAAAAUGCGAUCUCUUCGCCGGAGAAUGGGUUCCUGACCCUUCUGGUCCGAAUUACACCAACCGGAGUUGCCUCCACAUCCAAGAUCAUCAGAACUGCAUGAGAAAUGGACGGCCAGAUUCAGGGUAUCUGUACUGGAGAUGGAAACCAAGUGGGUGUGAUUUGCCUAAGUUCGAUCCUCGCAAAUUUCUCAAACUGAUGAGGAACAAAUCUUUGGCCUUCAUUGGAGACUCGAUUUCGAGGAACCAUGUCCAGUCGUUGCUUUGCAUUCUCUCUCAGGUUGAACGAGCUGUGGAAGUGUACAGUGACAAAGAGGACAAGUCCAAAAGAUGGCUGUUCCAAUCACACAACUUCACCCUCUCAGUCGUUUGGGCUCCAUUCCUGAUCAAGGCCGACAUCUUCGAAGACAACAAUGGAGUCUCCUCCAAGGAAACCCACCUCCACCUCGACAAGCUUGACCCGAAAUGGGCCGACCAGUACGACAGCUUCGACUACGCGGUGAUCGCCGGCGGGAAGUGGUUCCUCAAAACCGCAGUCUACUUCGAGAACGACGAGGUCGCAGGCUGCCACUACUGUCCCGGGCUGAACUUGACCGAGCUGGGAAUGGACUUCGCGUACAGGAAAGCUCUGUCUCUUGCUCUUGACUUUGCCUCCAAGCACAGGGCCGUCAUGUUCCUCCGAACCACCACCCCGGAUCACUUCGAGAACGGAGAGUGGUUCAGCGGAGGGACCUGCAAUCGGACAGUGCCAUUCAGAGAAGGCGAGGUUGAUGUUGGGGAAUUGGACAGAGCAAUGAGAGGGAUUGAACUGGAGGAAUUUGACAAGGCUGCGGCGGCGGCGGCUGUUGGGUCCGGUGAAAAUGUGGGGUUGAAGCUGCUUGACACGACAAGGCUGUCGUUGUUGAGGCCGGAUGGGCAUCCUGGGGCGUACAUGCAGUUUCAGCCGUUUGCAAAGGAUAAGGAAGCGAAAGUGCAGAAUGAUUGCUUGCAUUGGUGCUUGCCAGGGCCGAUAGAUUCGUGGAAUGAUUUGGUUAUGGAGAUGAUUUCGAAUGGUGGGCUCUAUAGGUGACAUUUGAGGUUAAAGAAAACCGUGAUUCUGCAGAACCCGUUAGCAGAAUAUGCAGAGUCAGAACCAGCUGAUUGUGUAAUUUUUUUGACAAAAAAUACCAUUUCAUGAAUCCAACUUGUAUCAAUAUCUACGUUACGUUGUCGAUAUUCAAAAACUACAUAAUUCAUCAUUUAUAACAAAUUUGAGGUCCUUCU